AUGAAACCAAUUAUAUCGUCACGCGGCUCGCACAUCAAGCUGGGAAAUAGGUCGACCAACGCUUUCCCCACGUGUUGCAGCCACCAGGAAAUCGCGGGAUGCUAUUCAAGCCUUCGGGAACGGGGAGGGAGCUCCACCAACAGCAGCAGCAACUCCACCGUUGCUCAGGCUGAGAGCUACGAGCUUGCCGACUACAAAAACAUCUCCGCUCAGAAGGCCGCAAAGGACCUCGAAGCCCGACGAGAAGAGAAAAAACUUUGGAAGAGAAGGUGGCUCGACGAGCAGGACGAUAUGAAGUUCUCACACAGCAUCCAGUUUAAUGCUGUUCCGGACUGGAGCAGUCAUUACAUUGCCUACAGCAACCUAAAGAAGCUUAUCUACCAACUCGAGAAGACAGUCCACCAAACCUCCUCAGGCGACGCCGAAUCAAGACCUCUUAUCCGAAACGAAGAACCCGAAGAUGUGUUUAGCCGUGCGCUCGGUGUAGAAUUGGAGAAGAUUUGCUCCUUCUACGUGUCCAAAGAGGGCGAACUUCUCGACGAGGUCAAUCAAUUAUUGGGAGAUGUUGGCAACCACUCUUCAGAGGACGACGAAAAUGAUGGCGAACCCAGACGUUCAUUCGGCAGCGCCUCUCGGCCGGGACUUUCGGUCAACGGCAGGAGAACUUCCGUCUCGAUCGAUGGCAACAUGGAGGAUAGUGACGAUGACGAGGACGAUGAUGAAACCACCGGCCUGACGAAGAGUCGCUCAAGCCUUGGCGGUGGCAGACGCAAGACUGCCCCGAAUCUGGGGCACUCGGUCACUGACAUGACUGCUUCAACUGAUCUGACGCUGGGAAGAUCGCUGCGGCGGUACAGCACGGCGAACGACGAGAUCCCGGACCAGACCUUCCUCUACUCUUCGGGCAUCAUGCUCAAGAAGCGCAUCAUCAGCCUCUACGUCUCGCUCUGCGAGCUCAAGUCGUAUGUGCAACUGAACCGGACGGGUUUCAGAAAGGUCUUGAAGAAAUUCGACAAGAUUCUCGACAAGGAGCUGCGGGUCAAGUACAUGACUGCCAACAUCGACUCCGCAUACCCAUUCAAGUCGGAAAACAUCAAGAGUAUCGAGGAGAACAUCUCCAAGAUGGAAAAGGCGUACGCCGAGAUAGUGACUCAAGGCGACGAGGGACUCGCCAAGCGAGACCUGAGAUCUCACCUCCGCGAACACGUUGUUUGGGAGCGUAACACUGUCUGGCGAGACAUGAUUGGUAUGGAGCGUCGCGCAGAGGCUGCGAGCUUGGGCAGAGGGCUUCUGGGAAGGGAUGGAGCGACGGGAUCCAGGCGGUUGCAGGGCGAUGAUGAGCUUGCCCCAAUCACCAAGGAGGUGGUUACUCCCGUGGGCCGUUUUGUCGUGCCCACGUGGGUUGCCAACACGCCUCUGCUCACUCUCCUGAUCGCUCUAGGCGUUUUCCUCCUUCUCCUUUUCCUUCCCAUCAUGGAGAAGCCAGAGCAACAGAACUGCUUGGCGUUGCUUGUGUUUGUCAGCAUCCUUUGGGCUACAGAGGCCAUCCCGUUGUUCGUUACGUCGCUUAUGAUACCCUUCCUCUGCGUCGUUUUGACUGUCGUUCGCUCUGAAGAAAAGCCCUACAGAAGGCUUGAUGCCAAGGCCACCACAGCCUACAUCUUCUCGGCCAUGUGGACACCUGUCAUCAUGCUUCUGCUCGGUGGAUUCACCCUGGCCGCGGCUCUCUCCAAGUGCAAGAUUGACAAGCGGCUCGCGACUUUUGUCCUUAGCAAGGCCGGAACCACUCCGCGCACUGUACUCAUUGCCAACAUGCUCGUGGCGGCAUUUGCCAGCAUGUUGAUCAGCAAUGUCGCCGCACCAGUUCUUUGCUUCUCCAUCAUUGAGCCGAUGUUGCGAACGCUGCCCUCAGAGUCAAACAUGUCUAAGGCUGUCAUCAUGGGAAUUGCGCUCGCCUCCAACAUCGGUGGCAUGCUAUCCCCUAUUGCCUCGCCGCAGAAUGUUGUCGCUAUUGGUAUCAUGAAGCCCGCGCCUACCUGGAUCCAGUGGUUCUUCAUUGUUAUUCCUGUCGGCAUCGUCUCGCUGCUCCUCAUCUGGAUCUUGCUGUUGGUUACGUUCCAACCGAGCAAGGGAACCACCAUUGCUCCGAUCCGCCCUGUGAAGGAAAAGUUCACAGGUAUCCAAUGGUUCGUCUCCAUCGUCACGCUCAUCACCAUUGGCCUGUGGUGCGGUAGCCACCAGAUGGAGUCCAUCUUUGGUGACAUGGGUGUCAUUGCCAUCAUCCCCAUCGUCCUCUUCUUUGGUAUUGGUAUCUUGACCAAGGAGGACUUCAACAACUUCCCGUGGACCAUCAUAAUUCUGGCUGCCGGAGGUUUGUCUCUGGGCAAAGCCGUCAAGUCAUCUGGUCUUCUGCACACGGUUGCUGGCGUCGUUACCAAGGAGGUCGAGGGCAUGAGUCUCUACGUCGUCCUUGUCGUCUUCUCAGCCCUUAUUCUCGUCAUCGCCACAUUCAUCAGCCAUACAGUCGCAGCUUUGAUCAUCCUGCCGCUGGUGUUUGACGUUGGCUCCAACAUGGACGAACCCCACCCGAAUCUGUUGGUCAUGGGUGGUGUUUUGAUGUGCAGUGCCGCUAUGGGUUUGCCAACAAGUGGUUUCCCCAACAUGACUGCCAUUAUGAAGGAAGACCCGACUGGUCAGAGAUACCUCCAAGUAAAACAUUUCAUCAGCCGAGGUGUGCCCAGCAGUAUUCUCACAUUGGUUGUCGUCGUGUCCUUGGGAUAUGGCCUCAUGAGGGUCGCUGGGUUGGACUAA